AUGAGCUACGAACAUAUUCAAGUUUCUGAGCCAAAGCCUGGCGUUGGGCAAGUCACACUGAACCGACCCAAGGCUCUCAAUGCCCUGUGCACUCCGCUGAUCGAGGAACUUAACGAGGCUAUGUUGAAGUUCAAUGCCUCGGACAAUGUCUCGUCCAUCAUCCUCACAGGCUCCGAGAAGGCCUUCGCGGCUGGGGCGGACAUCAAGGAGAUGGCGCCCCUGACUUUCUCACAGGCUUAUCUCAACUCGUUCAUCGAGUCCUGGUCCAACCUAACCACUCAGAUCAAAAAGCCUAUCAUCGCGGCAGUCUCUGGGCACGCACUAGGCGGAGGAUGUGAACUGGCCAUGAUGUGUGACAUUAUAUACUGCACCGACAAGGCCAACUUUGGCCAGCCAGAGAUCAAGCUUGGCACAGUCCCAGGAGCCGGAGGAAGCCAGCGGUUGACGAGAGCCAUUGGCAAGUCCAGGGCUAUGGAGCUCAUCCUCACCGGAAAGUUCUUCUCCGGACGGGAGGCUUAUGAGUGGGGAGUCGCCGCCAGGACGUUUCCCACCUACGAGGAACUCAUGGAGGCUACAUUGAACACGGCCGAGACCAUAGCCGGCUACUCAAAGGUUGCCGUGCAGGCUGGCAAGGAGGUUGUCAAUAAGAGCCAGGACCUUUCGCUACGGGACGGCGUUGAGUAUGAGAGGCGCGUCUUCCACAGCUUGUUUGGCAGCCAGGACCAGAAGAUUGGCAUGAAGGCAUUUGCGGACAAGGCGAAGGCAGAGUGGAAGCACGAGUAG